AUUGCCCUGUAUAUUUGGCAGAGAGGGGAAGGACCACAUCUUACUCCAGUGCCCGAGUUCUGCACAGAUGAUGUGAACUCAUAUAAGGUUGAUCAUUGUGCAACAACGUUCAGUAAUUUUCUGCCACUUUGUGGAGAGCCAGUGAAAAAGGAAGAUGUUUUUGUUGCUGUAAAAACAUGUCAGAAAUUUCAUGGUGACAGAAUACCGGUUGUAAAGCAGACUUGGGAAAGAGAAGCUGCCCUUAUUGAAUACUACAGUGAUUAUGCAGAUAUCUCCAUUCCUACUAUAGAUUUAGGCAUACCCAAUACUGACAGAGGUCACUGUGGGAAAACUUUUGCCAUUUUGGAAAGGUUUUUGAAUCAUAGCUCUCCCAGAACUCCUUGGUUAGUCAUCGUGGAUGAUGACACCCUAAUAAGUAUUUUCAGACUCCGAAAAUUGCUCAGCUGCUAUGACCCACAAGAACCAGUAUUUCUUGGAGAGCGUUAUGGUUACGGCUUGGGAACAGGAGGAUACAGUUAUAUCACUGGCGGAGGAGGGAUGGUUUUCAGCAGAACAGCUGUUCAGAAACUACUUGCUAGUAAAUGCCGGUGUUACAGCAUGGAUGCGCCUGACGAUAUGGUCCUUGGGAUGUGUUUCAGUGGCUUAGGAAUCCCGAUAACUCAUAGUCCACUUUUCCAUCAGGCGAGGCCAAUGGACUACCCAAAAGACUACCUUUCUCACCAAAUUCCGGUAUCAUUUCACAAGCAUUGGAAUAUUGAUCCAGUGAAGGUAUAUUUCACAUGGCUAGCACCAAACACAGAAGAGUCACUUAAUGGGAAAAAAGUUGGAUAUAACAGAGAGGAUUUAUAA